UGAUAUAAGCGACACAUAACAGUUGCCCAUGGAGAGGUGUGACGCUUCGUACUGCUAGAAAUAGAAUGUUGUUAUUUUAAAGACAUCUAUACAUGUGAAACGGUAUUGAUUUUGUUUCUGUUGUAAACAAAAUAAAGACAUAUAACCAUGAUGUUUUGUUUUAUUAUGACAAAGUUUAAUUAAAGUUUGUAAAACAGUUCAAAUAUGGAUUAAUUUUGUAAUAUUUAAGUGACGAUGAACUGUGACACGAGAUAUAACAAAUAGUGAGAAAAAGUGAAAAUUUCUUCUUUGACGGAGUAACCAAAGUUGUUAAAAGAACAAGUGAUUGGCAAUGAAAACAAAAGAAAGUGAGUUUAGUAACAAAAAAUCCAAUUUUGAGGCCACUCUGUACAAAAAUGUCAGCAGACGUCCAUAUGAACGAAAAUCGUCAAUUUCUUACUGCUCUCACAGGUUUUAGUGAAGAAUCAAAAUAUGAAGACGUAAACAAUUUGAAAAAUACUGUAAACGAUAACUGGAACGAAGCAGUCACUCCGUGGAAGGCUGUUUCGUCACAUCCGAGAUACUACCCUUACCAAACAUCUCUCGUGAUAAAACGAAAAACAAAACCUACUGACAAUAGGGUACCAGACUGGCAGAAAACCAGUUUAGAUGGCGACGUCAAGCCAACUGUUCGUUGUGUUGGUGAUGAAUUGGAAAGUGGUUCGUAUUUACACUGGAAAGGAAUGGUCGAACAAGUUACAUACAGAUACGUACCUCACAAUGGGUAUUAUAGAACCAUGAAAUUUUUAGGUUUAGACAAAAGGGAAUGGUUUACUGUAAACAAAAAACAACCAGAGCAAGUAUCUAUGAGCUGGCAGAGCAAAAGAUAUCAGAAAGAAUUGAAACGCCAAUUAAAACGCGAAUUUGAAAAGCAAAAUAAAAGAGAAAGUGUUUCAAAAGAUUCAUUGAAAUUACAGUUAACUCAAUUAGAUCUACAAUCAGAAGAGACUUGUUUAGAAAUAUCAGAGAAACAAGAAACUAGAAACGACCAAUCACGUAGACGCGCGAUAAGUACGAAAUCAUCUGACUUUUCUAAACGUUGCCAGAAAGACCAAGACGGGUAUCUUAUUCCAGAAAUCAAAAGUGCUCCUUUAUUACCCGGAGAUUUAUAUAAAUCUAGAAGUGACCUAUAUAUUGAAAAUAUUUCAACACGUAUAAAUGCGUUAGAAAAAGAAAUAGCGAACGAUACUAGAUUACGGAAACCUCAGGAAGAUCCUAUUAAACAAUUAUUUAGACCUAAAGGAAAGGAGAAAGGAACAGAAAGGGAUGUAACUCCUCGUCCUUAUAAGAAAGAAGCAUUGCCAGAGGAGGUGUUUACUGCCAAAAGUAUAGGGACACAAGAAUUAAAACCUCCGGAAAAACUCAAUCCAAUCACACGGCUGUCAACAGCUUCAACGUCCGAUUCCAAAAAUGCACCCAUCACUCAGUUAAAAUAUACAACUUCGUCGGGAAAUAACGCUACUAAUUACAAUCUACCAACUCUUGAUCUCGAGAAAACGUUAAAUUCGUACAAAAUGGCAAUAGAAAGCACAAGACAAUCUUUAUUAACAACUCUCAAUGGAAAACAAAUUGCGCGAAGAACAAUUACUAGUAAGAACUAUAGUUCACCAACCACAAUAACAAUAUGUGACAACGGCAACGGAACCGACAAAGGAUCCAUUCAUGAUUAUAUUCAGCCGCUGAAAGGAGAUAAGCGGUUCCGAAAUAAAAAGGAACCACUAAAUGUCGCUGCUCUUCUGCCCGAAAUCGCGGGAAAGCGAUUAGAAGUUCCAACAACUACACAUAGAUGGCUAUAAACAUUGUAGGGCGUCGAAUUGCGUUAAACUAUGUUCCAGAAGGAAGCUAUCAAUGAUAAAGUGUGACACAAAAAAUGUUUGAAGCCUAAACAACAAUAGCUUUCGGAAACCGAAUAAAUAAGUCCCUCCCCGUCAAAGACUCUCCAGAAUGACUGAAUAUUAUUCGGCUUGUAGCUUUCGUUGUUUUGUGAAUGAACUGCAUGAGUCCAGUCAAAAAAGAAUGGUGCUUUAAUGUUAUGUGCACUAAGUACCCGACUUUUUAUUUUCGAUUAAUGAUUCCAUAUCUGUGGAGAUGCAAAUUGCGACGGAUUUAUUUCAUUUGUUUUAUUUCUGGUAGUAAAAAUUCGAGUUUCGAUGAUAAUUUGAAUUAUUUUCUCAUAUUUAACAUUUACUAAGUUUUAAAGACUGAAACAGAUUUAGAUACGAUUGAUUUAUUUUCGUUGUCAAAGGAGAACGUAAAAUGCAUAAUAAUUCAAAGUUACAUUAAGAAAGUUGUCCUUGAUUUUAUUUUUUCAUUUAUUUCUCAGUAGAAUUUGAAGGUAAAAAUGUGACAAAUUUGAAAUUAAAUCUUAAAGGAUUGCAGAAAACUGUAUACCUGUUUAAAUCCAACGCCUCUUCUGAAGCGAUUUGCAUUUCAUCCUGUAAAAAUACAAUAUUCGAUCAUGUUAUACUGUAUAUAAAAUAUGGAUCAUUUAUGACAUCCAUUUAAUCUGAUUAUGUUUUCAUUUGAAACAAACAGUUGGUAGGAGUGCAAUACGCUCAGAGUGCCAAAUACUCGGGAUUGAACGAUUAAGGAAUUUAGUUCAUUAUUUUACUGCCAAAAUCAAUACAAUUCAUUUUUCAACUUAAAAUUAAUCCUACAUGCAAAUACCAUCAGAGCUUAGAAAUUGCUGACCAAGGAAUACAAUGUAGAACUAUAAUUCCAUUAAUAAGUAGUGUUAGGCCUUGAAAUAAAAAAAAACAAACAAUACAAAUGGUUGAAUUAAAUGAUUAAUUAUAUAAUUACAAUGACUUUAUUUUUGGUUUAUGUAAAUUCAAGAUAAACAUGAAAAUGAUAACACAAUUGACCAAAAAUAUUGGACAUUGCAACAGACUAAACAACCUAAACACCAAUCAUGUUAUGUAGCAGCCAAGUAACUUCUGGUGUUUGUUCAUAUGUCAAUGAAACUUGACGGACGCCUCUUAAUACUAUGUCAAGACCCAUCAAGCAACCGUCGAGUGUCUUGAAAUGUCACCUGCAUGACGAGUUUAGUACCAUUUACUCUGGAAGGUCACCAACAAUCUACAUGUACAUGUGUAUUCUUGUUUUAUUUCUUUUUCAUUGUGCAAUCACUUUGUUAAUAUAGUGCCUUUUUGGAUUGGUUGAACAAUCCUUAUUGUUUUAUUUGUAUUAAAUGUUUAUUUAUAACAAAUAUUUAUUUACAACAUUAAAUAUGUAUACUCUUUUA